UAAAAAAUAUCCUAUUUUUUCUAGUUAAUUUUUGAAGGAAAGAAGAGGAAAAGAAAGCCCUUUCUCUCUCUUCUCAAUCCGAACUCUGAAAAUGGCGUCGACGAUUCCUAUGACGGGUCAGAUAUCGAACCUACAAGCGACUGAGCUGAGAAGACAUGGCUCCUUUUCAAUGUCACUAUGUAAUGUAAAUUCAACUGCAAAUGUAGUUGGUAAGCAGAUCUCUUGGUCUGGAUAUCGAAGUUUUAAGCAAAACCGUAGAUCUCUUUGUGUUUAUGGUCUAUUCGGAGGAAAGAAGGACAGUAACGAGAAGGGUGAAGAAGCCCCUUCAAAGGCAGGAAUUUUUGGAAAUAUGCAGAAUUUGUAUGAGACUGUGAAGAAGGCACAAAUGGUUGUCCAAGUUGAAGCAGUGCGAGUGCAGAAAGAACUUGCUGCAGCAGAGUUUGAUGGUUACUGUGAAGGCGAACUAAUUAAGGUAACACUAUCUGGGAACCAGCAACCUGUGCGCACAGAGAUCACUGAAGCCGCAAUGGAGUUAGGACCAGAAAAACUUUCUCUUUUGGUUACUGAGGCAUACAAAGAUGCACACCAGAAAAGUGUCUUGGCUAUGAAGGAAAGAAUGAGCGAUCUUGCCCAGAGUUUAGGAAUGCCUCAAGGCCUCAAUGAUGUGUUGAAGUAAUUAUUCCCCCCCCCCCCUUGUACUUGUCUAAGAUAAAACGUCAAUUUUGUAUACAAACCAGACAUAAGUGCUAGCUUUGUAAGGGUGAUAAGUUAAGCAUUGUUUAAUUUACUCUUUGAAUGGAAAGAGAGGUUUUGAACUGAUAUAUCUCUUGUCUCAAUACUAAUAAUGAGUGUUGCAUAUUUGUUUCA